CCCCCCCCCCCCCCCCUUUCCUUGUCGUUACAUUCCAAUGUACCCAGGCAAAAUAAGGUGCAAAAGAUUUGCAUUUCAUUUCCCCGCGCAUAUUUUUAAUCAUGUCCCGCCCGGCUGACGCUCUUGUUUGAGUGGCGCUGACUUCAUAUCGAGCGAGCGGCUAAGUGAUGACUGGCGCUGACGGAUUGUCGUCCGGCCGUCCCCUUUUUUCUUUUUUUUUUUUUUCUCCCCCUCCAUUCCUUCCCCGAGUGGACGUGAGGGCUCAGCAGGCGCUACAAGACAAAUAACACCCGGGCCGGCCGGGGCCAUCGGUCCAUUAUUUUGCAGCGCUGAAACCCUUUCAGGCGGCCUGCAGCAACACAUGUAGACAGACAAUAUACGAUAUUAACUAUGGUUAAUAUAAAUAUUUUGGAGUGCUAUUUCUGUUUCUUUUUUUUUCUCAGAGCGCUCCGUUUAUUGGCGUUUUCUCUUUCUCUCUAUACAACAUUUGAAUCAAAAUUAUCUAGGUGACCCCCAAACUUUUUUUUUCCUCUCCAAGAGAAAAUUUUUAUUGUUGUGAAAGGGGGAAAAAAAAUAUUUUUGUGGAAGUUGAUACGGUGAGAAAUCUCACUGGUGUCUCCAAGUUUGUUUCUUAUCCGGAGAAAUCCCAGAAGGGGAACAAACAAAAGCAAAUCUUUGUUUGAAUAGAAAUCGGCUCUCCAAUUUUCCUGAAAACAAUUUUAUUUCCAAGCAAUAUCGCAGCGCUCUACCUCACUCCCAAAUGUUUUUUUUUUCUUUCUUUUGUGUGUGCGCGCGGCUUAGCUAUGACCUACUUUAAAGUGUGCUAUUUGAAUAUGAAAAGGGCGGCAGUCGGGGGAGCCCAGGGGAUGGCAACGGCGGCUUCCUCUAAAAUGUUAAUGCUUGGGCUAAUUGAUGGUAUGUUCUUUGUCAGCUCCCACUUUUCGUGCCACCUUCUCAUCGACGCCAGCGCAAGCUAGAGAAGCUUUCUGAUGAUUUGAGCGCACCGAAGGGGGCCGCCACCGCCACCAUGGUGCAUUUACUUGCGCUUUCAAGACAAGUUAGCGCCGCCACAUUUUUGUAUUUCAAAAAGGGAAUAAUUGCCCAGGGCGGCGGCAGGGGGAGCGUGGCCGCGGGAUUCCCCGAGAGUGUCGCUGUGAAGUCGACGCGUCGAUGCGGCGCCACCGCGGCGGCCGUUUACCAAAGAUCGUUUCUUUUUCUCUCUCUCUCAAACGGCCUUCAAAAGGAGCGCUAACGUUAGCUCAUUGAGGCAAAACGGCUGAUUUAAGUUAAAUUUCGACUGACGUGUGGCUCCGAGUCUCAAAACGGUGGCGAGCUGUUGGCGCCCUGGUAAACACAAGACGAUGAAUUCCGCUCAUGAAAUGUCUUUUCUUUUAGCUUAAUGUGGACAUCAACGAAAGAUGAGGACAAAUUGUCCAUCCGUCCAUCUGGAGCUUCUGUUUUUCGUUUUGUUUUUCUCCUAAAGUGACUUGUCGGCAAAGCCAAGGCCAGCAAAAAGCCUCAAAGUAGUUUUGCAUGGCCCCGCUGUGUCAUUGGGGCGCCGGGCCGGGCCGGGCCGGGCUAAAUUGCCAAUAGUGUUUUCUUUGCUUUGCUAAUUAUUAAUUAGCCAUCUCCAUGCAUAUGUGUUUCUUCCUAAUUGCAUUUGAUGGAUGAGUGGCAGCUCUGACACCUCAUUAGAGCAGAUUAAUGGAACGACACAAUAUUUAUGUGCGGCGCAAUGACCACUUAUCCCGCCCGCCAUCUAUCAGCGGGAUGAUCUCGCUGAUUGAAAACCGCUGGUCCGUGUAAUCCUAAUUAUUUGCAAUUUAUAGCUUCUCGCGCCGUUUUCCGCCGUGACGGCAAAUUGGAAACAUUAAAUGCAUAACGAGGGGGAAAAUGAGGGGAAGACAAUCACGGAAUUAAUGUCGGGGAGAAAGACGGAUGCGUCCAACCGACGGGUAGGCGUGCCAGACAUUUGCUAUCGAUGACUUUGAUCCAGAUUGCGCGGAUUUGUUGAUAUGAAGAUUAUGUUCAACCCCGGAUUCUUCCCAUUUCCAUGUUCUUCUUUGGAAAAUGUGAUCUGAAUGUGUCUUUUCUUUUUUGGGGGCUUUUCCUGCAGUUGUUUGCGUGGAGAAUGCCCAGAGGACUUUCCUCAUUGAACUGGCAUAUCCCAUCUUGCUCCGCCGCCAAACAUUCCCAACCUCAUAUUUGCUCUUUUUUCUUUAUUGACAAUGAUUGUUAUUUUGGAGAAGAAAAAAAAAAAAAGUUUGAGCGCUCGCUCCAAGAGCAUUAGCAAGUGAACUCGCUAUAACCCUCCUCCAACUCCGGCAAAGCUUUUUGCCCUCGUGGGACGAGCGCGCGCUAAAAUCCGCCGCUUGAGCUCACAUAGAAGCAACCAGGCCCAGAAGAGUCGGUCGGGCUUUCGCUAGCCUACAAUAGCGCAAAAGCCUGCAGGAACAGGAACGGCCUCCUUUCCCAGGUACUGAGAACUUCCUAUUUCUGACUUUGUAUUUGCCUCCCAACUUUUGCAACACCAUUAGCCCCCGCCUCCCUCGGUCGAGCCGAGCCGAGCCGGCGGAGUUUUGUUGACAAUCGUGCCGGCGUCUGUCCCCAUGUUAGCUUAGCCAGCUACGUCCGGGCGGGAUCAUGGCGCGGAGUCGCUCUUGGCCACUUUGACCGAAUUGGCUGAGCAGCCCGGAGAGCAAAGGUGUUCCUCCAAGCCGUCCUCCGAUGUCACUGUCCACUUAAAAAUAGCGCAAACGGGGAGGAGCUUUAAUCGCAGCCCCCGAAUGGAGCGCAAGGCCGACAUUUAGCCGCAACCACGGUUGGAAUACAAGAUUACGGCAGGCCCCUCCUGGCGGCAGCCGUUUAUUUUUAUCCCCUUAAAGGCUGCCAAAAUUAGCCCGGCCAAAAACGCUGAGCGUGAAAAAUGAAAGGUUCCCGCCGCUUCUGGUAAGCGGCCUGCCUGCCUGCCUGCCUGCCUGCCUGCGCGCUUGGCGGAGCAACGGGACUGCUGCGCUUGCGAUACGCCGACAGGGGUCGGUCGGUCGGUCGGUCGGGCGACCUGCUCGCUCGUCACGCUCACGUUUGACCCCGUCAAUGUCGAUUUUUCAUUCAAACUCAGACAGAGAGAAGGAGAAUGUGUCCUUGUUCAUCUUCUCCGGAGUUUGCGAGCUAAGGUGCCAUUGCUAGCCUCCAAAGAGAAACGUGCACGUCCUUUUCCGUCUUUUCAUGGCGGGAUGGGGACGAGAUGAGAGGAACCUUUUCCCCCAUUUUAGCGCCACAAAGUUUUGUACUCACGAGUGGAGCUGAUCAUUGAAGAGCUCCUGGUAGCCCGCGGGCUAAUUGUGGAAUUGCGGCGCCCAUUCGCACUUUGAUCUUCUGCUUCUUUCAUCCAACUUCCCGUUGCGUUGGGCCAAGACAAAUGAUCUCGACUCGGGCUCGUGUUGAAGGCGGGAACGAAUUUGAGAUGAAGGUAUCGAUCGGCCUUACGAAGCGCAAUGUCACGGCUGCCGUUUCGGGGAGAUGACAAUUGCCAUGGUGUAAUGGAGACAUCUCAAGUGUAAUCCCCCAAAAUGUUUUUGUAAUGUUCGACAGCCAGCAGGGCCCAUUUUUUGCCGUCUUAUUGAUCGGCCGGCCGGCCCACUUUUGCUGACCUUCGUUGGCCUCGAGGCAAAGUCGACGACGCUCUUCUCAAAACACGCAAUUUCAUAAAAGCAGCAGCAGUUUCUCACCCAAAAUGUGGAGAAAAGGCAAUUAGUGCCUUCGGAUCCCGAGCAGGCCGCUCGGCCGGUGAGCUGCUUAGCGCUUGCAAAUCUCUUUGGCUUCAAUACAGACGUAAUGAUUGGAUUAGUCUUUCUUGCUUUGGCCAUAGCUCAAUAGAUUUGCUGUCAGAUGCCACAAAAAAAAAAAAAAUCCAUGAAAUGAGCGGAACCAGCGUUGUCCUCUUGAAAAUGACCCGAAAUGUCAAAUUUCCACUGCGGCCAUCAUACUACUUGUCCGUUUUUUUUUUUUUCUUUCCAUUAGAAAUAUCAGCAUAUCGCCUCUAUUGAUUACGUCUGGAUGUCUUAAUCAGAUCAGCAGAACGUCCCACCGCCGGAAAGUCCAUUCAUGCCAAAAUAUUGAUCAGGAAUUUAAUUGAAUGCGCCGCUCAGUUUAUUAAUCGGCCCCCUGCUUGUCUUUCUUUCUUUUGGCCUCCCGUGACGCUCAUCCAAAGUGACAGCUAUAGAAAAUGUAGAAUUUGUGUUAGUUUAAAAAAAAAAAAAAAAAAAAAAAGAAUAAUAAGGAGGUUGCUUUGUCCCUGAGGCUUCGGAGCUUUGAUCGUUAACGAGCGCAUGAUGGCUUUUGUAUUGAUCGCGGGGGGGAAAAUGUGGGUUGAUGGUGAAUUGGAAUGGGGGGGGGGGGACAAGAUACUGUAUAAUAUAUAUUUUUCUUUUUUUCCCACCCCCUGCUUACUUAGCAGUGUGAUUGGUGGGCCGGUGUGGGAAGCAGCUGCGGCUGCUUCAAAAGCAAAGCCGGCGCAACAGGAACCCUUUAGCCAGGUGGAAGCCGGCGUUGAGCCCGUAAAGCGCCGUAAACAGUCCGUUUCCAUCAGACGUGCCUCUCGCUGGCUCGCUGGUGUCAACACCUCGUUCCCCAAUAUCGGGUCUCUCGCACAACUGGUGUUCCACUCCAGUCCUGUAGGGGGCAGUCUUUUGCCAAUGAGCACACCCCAUGUUUACAUCCGCACCUCCGUGACAUCUUGAAAUAGGAUGUAAAGAAUUGUUUUGCUGCAUUCUUGGUGUUGCACCUUGUGGUGUUUGCACCUUGGCCACCAGGGGGCAGUAUAAUAAAGACAUAAUGUAUCAAUUGGAAGUCGCAGCACCUCAGUAAGCUGCAGUAAAGUCACCGAGGAUAAAGAAUAUGUGCCUAUGAGCGAGUUGACCUAUCGUGCUUCUCAUUUGACGGCAAGAAAUUGUUGUCGUCCAAAGAACGUCAAAUAAAAAUCUCACAGGAAUGAAGACAAAAAAUGUGUCUCUGGAACCAUUGGACCUCCUUUCUCAUUGGCCCGCCCUGGACCAGCCGCUGCAGAGUGUGAUCCAAUCGGGGCUGCGCCGUCCUCAGCCAAGCACGCCCCUCGGCGCUUAAAGCACCCCCGCGUCAGCAAUGGAGACUCGCUCUCGCUCUCUCGCUCUGUCUCACUGCAGCGGCGUGGCUUGGUUCCUCCGCCUCUUCAUCCCUGGCUUCUCGCGCUCGUCUUCCCCCCCCCGAGUAGCCUUGGAGGAGUUUGUCGCGGGGAGGGAGACGAACAUCCCGGCGACAUCCUGACAUGAUGCAGAGACUUGGGAACUGAUCUUCUUUUUGGAAGGGGGUGGGGGGGGCGUGUGUGUAUUUUUUUUUUUCCCUUUUUGUAGUCCUGGUCCUCCUGCAACAUCGGGAAUGCUUCACGCGGACUGAUGGACGUUUCUGAAGUGUGCAUCCCCGACCCGCUCUGCUACCAUAACCAGUGUCGAGACGUCAUCCGUGUGGCAAAUCUAUGCGUGCCCCCCCUCGCCCGCUGUCGUGACAUCGUGCUGCUGAGUCGAAUGCCCUCGGAGGAGCGCCACCUGUCCUCCAGCUGCGGUUCUUACGUGAAAACGGAGCCGUCCAGCCCGUCGUCGUCGUCUCUGGUGGACACGGGCAGCCGCCACAGUCCCGGCGGCAACUCGGACGCCAGCGGCGGCUACGUCAACGCGGGCCGGGGUUGCCACCUUCUGGACUCGCCGCCCAUGUUCAACCCGGGCAUGGGGCUGGGGGGCGCAGCCUGUCUGCGGCGCUACGACGACUGCUCCGGGGGCCUGGCGGACGAGUCGGCCAUCAAGUGCGAGUACAUGCUCAACGCCGCCAUCCCCAAGCGGCUGUGCCUGGUGUGCGGCGACGUGGCCUCGGGCUACCACUACGGCGUGGCCUCCUGCGAGGCCUGCAAAGCCUUCUUCAAAAGGACCAUACAAGGCAAUAUCGAGUACAGCUGCCCGGCCACCAACGAGUGCGAGAUCACCAAACGGAGACGCAAGUCGUGCCAAGCGUGCCGCUUCAUGAAGUGUCUCAAAGUGGGCAUGUUGAAGGAAGGCGUCCGCUUGGACCGGGUGAGAGGGGGUCGGCAGAAGUACAAACGGAGAAUGGACGCCGAGAACGGCGGCUACCUCAGCAUCCCGCCCCCGGCCAAAAAGCCCCUGACCAAGAUCGUGUCGCACCUGUUGGCGGUGGAGCCCGAGAAAAUCUACGCCAUGCCCGACCCCAGCGUGCCCGACGGCGACAUCAAGGCCUUGACCACCUUGUGCGACCUGGCCGAUCGCGAGCUUGUGGUCAUCAUCGGCUGGGCCAAGCAUAUCCCAGGCUUCUCUAGCCUGUCGCUGGGCGAUCAGAUGAGCCUCCUGCAGAGCGCCUGGAUGGAGAUCCUGGUGCUGAGCAUCGUCUUCCGCUCGCUGGCCUGCGACGAGGAGCUGGUCUACGCCGAGGACUACGCGGUGGACGAGGAACGGGCCAGGAGCUCGGGCCUGCUGGACCUGCACGUGGCCAUCCUGCCCCUGGUGCGGCGCUUCAAGAAGCUGCGCGUGGACAAGGAGGAGUUUGUCACGCUCAAGGCCAUCGCGCUGGCCAACUCGGACUCCAUGCACAUUGAGAAUCUGGAGGCCGUGCAGAGGCUGCAGGAUUCCCUCCACGAGGCCCUGCAGGACUUUGAGGGCUGCCAGCACCCGGAGGACCCCCGGCGGGCGGGCAAGCUGCUCAUGACGCUGCCCCUCCUGCGGCAGACGGCCACCAAGGCCGUGCAGCACUUCUACAGCGUCAAGAUGCAGGGCAAGGUGCCCAUGCACAAACUCUUCCUGGAAAUGCUGGAGGCAAAGGCUUGACAGCGGGCGGGGCGGGGCCGGGCCGGGCCGGGCCAGGCCGGGGGAGGCGGGGCCUACGCCUUUGACGGACAUCGCAUGACUAUAUUGUGCCAACGGGAAAAAGCUUGACGAGCGAAUAUCAACACGGUGCGGGAUUAUUACCUACAUUCGUAGAUAAGUGUAAAAAUUGUACAGAAUUGAGGCAAGUGCGCUCUUGCUAGCAUCUCGAGCUUCACCUUCAAAGCUGCCCUCCAAAUGUCCGGACCAUGCAGCUGCGGAGCCAUUUUGUCUUUCGCUUCUUUGCGUUUCCAUUUCGUCCGGGUGGGAAUUGCGCCACGCGAUUGCUUGACGGAUCCCUUUGGGAAAGGCUUCCCUUUUUUUCCCUCCUAUUCCAAAAGGAAGUCCGCCACUUCAAUUCUACACACGGCACUCCGCAACGACACGGCGGGCAAACGUACACAACUGCUUUACUAAAGUCAAAGAGAAAAAAAAUGGUGUGAGUUUUUCUUUUCUUUUUAAUAUUCAAAACAAAAUGGUGUCAUUGUGCGGUGUUGUGUGUAGAAUUUUGAAUGCAUUUUGGGGGGGAAUUUUGGUUGUAACCCAGAAGGUGGAAAAUAGUGAGCGGAGAUGUGCAAUAAUGUACCGUGUCAAAGCAAACUUUUUUUUUUUUUUUUCUUCUUCUUUCCAUCCAAUCUACUGAUACCCUGUUUAAUGUGACCAGAUAGCUCUGCAAUAAACACGCCUCCCGCGUUGUGAUGUCA